AUGGAUCAAACUCAAAAGCUUCUUCAACUCAUCAUCUUCACAUUCAUCACCAUCUCACCUUAUGUUUCAUCAGCUGUACCCCACCAUUUAAGGGCCCUUGUUGCACCCAUCACCAAAGAUACCCUCACAUCCCUCUACACUCUCACUCUCAACAACAACCAGUCUUUUGUCCUAGAUAUAACAGGAAACUUGCUAUGGUCUGAAUGUCCCCAAAACCACCCUUUAAUCUCUUGCAAAUCUCAUAAAUGUACCAUGGCCCACUCCUUCCAAUCCCCACUCUGUCCUCCAAUCAUAACCGUAAACAAGCGUCCAUGCACUUGUGUAGCCACACCAAUCAACACAGUAACCCAAACGUGUGCCUUCGGUGACUUAACCUACACCAACCUUACAAUCUCCAGAACAGACGGCCGGACCCCAAUCACCCCAAUCACAGUUCCAAACAUCGUUUCAUCAUGCACACCAAAGACCCUUUUAAGAUCUCUGCCAGCUCUCACAUCCGGCAUGGCAGGUCUUGCUCGAUCGAGAAUAGCACUUCCUACACAGCUUGCGUCGAGUCUCUCAGUCGAGAGAAGCUUUGCAAUCUGCCUGCCUAGCUCCAGCACAGCCCAUGGAGUGGCCUUCUUUGGGAGUGGGCCAUUCUUUCUUCAACCCCCACCAGGUCUGGAAAUCACAAGCAUCCUAUCCUAUGCACCGUUACUAAGAAAUCAGAUGAACUAUGAUUACUACAUCGACGUGAAAGCGGUUGCGAUUAAUGGUGAGAUGGUUCGAUUCCUGGCUCGAGUGCUGAUGUUUGAUUCGCUAGGCCAUGGUGGGGUUAAGCUUAGUACAGUUGUCCCUUACACCACACUCAUGAGCCAUAUUUAUUUGCCGUUUCUUAAGGCAUUUGCAUGGGCUACGAGGGAUAUACCACGUGCUCCAAAGGUGCACCCGUUCGAUCUAUGUUUAAAUACUAGCAGGCUCGGGUCUACAAGGGUGGGGCUUCCGGUUCCACAGAUAGAUGUGAUGCUAACUAAUGGGAAGAACUGGACUUUUUUUGGAUCUAACUCGAUGAAGCAAGUAAGUGAUGAUGUGGCUUGCUUGGCUGUCGUUGAUGGAGGUACUAAAGCCGAACAAGCAGCCGUGAUCGGGUCGUUCCAGAUGGAGGAUAAUUUCUUGUUGUUUGAUCUUGCUAAGCAGAGGAUUGGGUUUAGUUCUACAUUGCUUUUCUUUAGGACUACUUGUGGGAACUUUAAUUUCCAAUCUGGGGUUUGAUU